AUGACUGAAGAAUUACAAAACUUUCCAGAAUCACAAGAAUCAAUGGAAAUAGAAGAAAUAGGUGAUUCAUUGUUGAAUCUGGAGAUCGAAGAAAUACAAGAUGAUGCCAGAUAUGCAGAACAACAUGAAAUAGAUUAUACAGGGAGCCUUGUUGGAUUUACUGCUGCAACUUUAGAAGAAAUUUUUGAAGAAUAUAAAAAACAUGCUUUUAAGAAGAAAAGGCAAGUUUCAAUCACCAGAACUGGUUGCAAAGCAUUCAUCAGAGCAAAAAAGAAUAAAGAAGGUAUGUUUGAAGUAGAAGAACAUGUCAUGCAACACAAUCAUGAACUGAAAAGAAGAGAAUGGCAGCAUUUACAAAGAUCAGAGAGAAAAAUAACAGAAGAUAAGACAAAAGUUAUAGACAUAAUGGCUGAAAGUGGACUAAGACCAGCAGAAUCUUAUCGUUUAAUGGCUUAUGAAGCUUGUGGUGAAAAUGUAUUAGCGCACACAAUGAAAGAUCAUUUUAAUUACAUAACAAGAAAGAAAAUGAUGGAGAUCGAAGGAGGUGAUGCACAAACUGUCAUAGACAUAUUAAAUCAAAGACAAUCAGAGGAACCAUAUUUCUUUUUCAGAUUCAAGAUAGGAGAAAAAACAAAUAGACUUACUACCAUUUUUUGGAGGGACUCAGAAAUGAAAGAAGUUUUUGAUAUUUAUGGAGAUGUUACUAUUUUUGACACCACAUAUAGGACGAACAAAUAUAAUCUUAUUUGUGCGCCAAUUGUGGGUGUCAACAGUCGUUGGCAAAAUGUAAUGUUUGGUUGUGCAUUUAUUCCUGAUGAGAAAAUAGAAACAUUUGAGUGGGUAUUAUCUACUUUUAAGAAAUCAGUUGGUGGAAGUGAGCCAGCCUCAAUUUUUACCGACCAAGACUUGGCCAUGUCAAUUGCAAUUCAAAAGGAAGAACAAGAUGCAGCAAGUCAAGAAGCAGAAUCAAUGCAGCAAAACAACACUACUGCAACAACAGAAACAGAAGAACAAAUUCCUACUGUUAUGGAUCCAGAAAGAGCAAACACCAAGGGAAGAAGCAAGAGAAUAAAAGGACAUUUUGAGAAAGGAAAGCAAGGAAACAAGAAAAAAAACAAAAGCAAUGACAACAAAGGGAGAUACAAGAGAAUUUGGAACAAUCACUCCAAUACAAAAUCCAAAGUUAUUUUAAGUUCUUUAUGA